AUGGAAGUAGCAGCUUCCUCUCCGAACGACUGCCCGCCGCCGUCGGUUCCUGAACUUGAAUCGGAAUUGAACGCGAAACGCAGACUGGCGGAUCGCGCGGAAUCCUCCACCAAGUCGUUGCCAGCUGAUGACACAGAAAAAGGAAAUGCAACGACUGAGACGAAGCCGCCAGAAAAGCCAUCGAUUCGCUCACAAGUGAACAAACAACAAGUUUCUGAAUAUGCUGGCGCCCCCGAAGCAGCAGCAAAGACAACGAAGGGAAAAGCAGCAGAAGUAGCAGCAGCUGAUGUAGCAGAAGUAGCAGCAGCAGCUGCAGCAGCAGCAGCAGGAGAAGCAACAAAAGCAGCAGCAGCUCCUGGAGCAGCAGACCCACAACGCAAAUCACCAUCUGAAUCACCACCCAAACCAACAGAAACGGGAAAGGCAGCAGCACCAGCAGCAGCAGCAGCAACAGCAGCAGCAGCAGCAGAUCCGAAAGGAUCGCCGCCUGCAGCGGUAGCAGACGCAGCAGACACAUCAGCAGACACACCACCAGCAUCAGCAGCAGCAUCAGCAGCAGCAGAAGCAGCAGCAGCAGAAGCAGAUCCCGCUGCUGUAGUGUCAGAGCCGCAGCAGAAACGAAGGAAACCGCGUUGCUGCUGCGCUGCAAAAUAA